CCCCACUAUGGAGCCAGCCUCUAUAAAUCAUUGGAUUGUCAACUAACAAUCUAAUUUGUUUAAUCUUAUAGAAACCCACCUCAAGAAAUGGUCUCUGCUUUGCUUCCUCUUCUAGCUCUAGCCAUCUGCCAUGGCUUGUCCUAUGGGGCAGCAGCGCCAAAUUCAGGUGGUGCACCAGUCCCAGCAGCCCUACCAACUGCAGCCAGAGAGUUCCUACAAGCACACAACCAGGCAAGAGCAGCAGUUGGGGUUGGGCCACUAAAAUGGAGUGAGAUGCUAGCCAAUGCCACCAGCAGAGUAGCAAGGUACCAAAGAAUCAAAAUGGGUUGCCAAUUUGCAAACUUAACCAACAGCAAGUAUGGUGGAAACCAAUUAUGGGCUAGUGGCGUGGCUGUGACUCCAUUAAUGGCUGUUGAUCAUUGGGUUCAACAGAAGAUUUACUAUAACCAUACUGAUAAUUCCUGUGUAUCAAAUCACCAGUGUGGUGUUUACACUCAAGUUGUAUGGAAGAAGUCAUUGGAGUUGGGGUGUGCUCAAGCUUCAUGUGUGAAAGAACAAUCUAGCUUAACUAUUUGUUUCUAUAAUCCACCUGGUAAUAUUAUAGGGGAGAGCCCAUAUUAGAGAAAGUUGUAGCAUUGUUAAUCUUUUUUUUUUUUUUUGGGUUCUGUCAAAUGGAUUUCUAAUAUGAAAUGCUUUUGUGAUUUAAAAUCUUGGGUUUUAGUUUUGUGCUUUA